AAAAACUAAAAACAAACACGCUCUAGGUCGGGCACCUGAAACGGCAGAGGAACCCUAAUUUAUCAGCCCAUCAUCAUUUCCGCUACAGGCUACACGUAAGUGAAUCGAAUCGGUGGUAUGCUAAUUGAUUUAAGUUCGCAUAUUUGGGUCAAGUUUGGAUUUUGGAUUAAUCAAGAAAGCCCAGGAAGCAGCUACAAUCGAAACUGUGGCACCGCCGGGUGCUGCUGUGGCGUCGUUCUUCAUCACUGUCACCGACGACGCUGAUUUCCCUGCGAACGUUCUCGGGGCCAUGCUGCGUGUUCGCCGGCUCUGUUGAUUUGGGCGUCUGGUUUAAUUUGAUUCGGUAGGGUUUUCCUUCUUCGAAUUUGUAUGGCGUUGACGUCUGUGAAAUCGAUCGAGAAGGCCUUCAAUCUCGUCGACACGAAGAAGGAGAAUUUGAAGAAGGCUUUUGAGGAACUGCAGGCGCACUCGUCGUCGCUCUCCUCCUUUAACUUCACAUGGAACGAUCUCGACUCGUAUUUCACCUCCGUCACAUCCGAGCUUCUCCAGAAAUUCUCGAUUCUGCAAGCCCUAGCAUCUUCCUCAGCGGAUAAUCCCAAACCGGGGAAACAAAGAGAUUCGCUUCCGUUGGAAUCGCCUGCCGCCAGACCGGAGCUGAAGGCUCUAUGCGAGAACAUGGAUGGUUUGGGUCUGCGUGAUUACGUCAUCGACCGUCCCAAAGAAAGGGCCGCCAUUCGGAGCGAAUUGGCGGACGCGUUUAAGCACGCGCCGGAUCCAGGCUCCAUGGUUCUGGACGCCCUGGACGGCUUCUGGGAUGUGAAAAAUGCUGUACUUUCUAGGUCUCAGACUGCUUGCGUGGCGUUGAUGGAGGAGCUGAUGAGGUCUGGGGUAGAGAUCAAUGCCUUGGCCAGGGAUCGCGCAAUGGCCAUGGUGAUGGCGUGGAAGGGGAGGAUGGGACCUCAGCAGAGCGGCAAUGGUGGCAAUGGGGAUGAUGAGGUGAAAGAGGGGGCUGGUUUGGAAAGGCUGGGUUAUUUGCAGCUACUCGCGACAUACAGGCUCUUCGUCGAUGGCCGAUUUGAUGUGAAUGAGCUUAUUGAUUGUGUUGUUUUGAGUGCUAGGUACAGGCAAACUGUCGACUUGUGCCGAAUUCUUGGUUUAGAGGAGAAGGUUUCCGAUAUUAUACAAAGGCUUAUCAGUAAUAGCCAGCAACUUAUAGCUCUCAAAUUCGUCUUUGAGUUUGGACUAACUGAUAAGUACCCCCCGGUGCCCUUACUGAAAGCCUUUGUGAUGGAAUCGUGUAAAAGUGCUCAUGCAGUUCGUAAGGCCGGAAAGAGUUCUCGCCAAUCAUUGAACGAUGCUGCGAUGAAAGAAAUAAGUGCCUUGAAAUCCGCAAUUAAGUGCAUCGAAGAUCAUGGACUGGAACAUGAAUAUCCAAAGAAUGAACUCGUCGCCCGUGUUGUCGCAUUGGAAAAGGAGAAGGCUGAUAGGAAAAGGUCUGCCCAAGCCCCCAUACCCAAACCUCCGCAGCAGCAGGCGAAGCAACCCAAGAAAAACAGUAACAAGCGGAUGAAACCCUCGGCUGUGGCAUCAGCAUUCAAAAGGAAACAUCCUUCAAAUUUGGCUGUUCUCCCACCACAGCCGCCUUCCAUGAACAGGGCAGGUUUGUUGCCAGAUCAUGCUGCUCCCUAUAUCAAUUCAUCUGCUGGUGCCUAUGUCAUGGCAGCACCACCCCUCAUGAAUUCUGCUCCGUAUGUGGGCUCAUCUGCGGAUUUGUAUGGGUUGCCAGGAUCAGCCCCUCCUGUGGCUUAUCCUGGGAACCUAAAUCCGGCUGCACCCAAUCAUUAUCCUUCGGAAGCACAUGCACAGCCCGGUUAUUAUGACAGGGCUGCAGGGUACGGUGGCUAUGACUAUUCGGCUCAAUACCACCAUGCUUUCUAUCCACAGUAAGAUGUGCAUUCUGUCCAAGUUCGGAAUGCUAUUGACAGAAGCAUUACCUGCCCUUUUAUGACUUGAAAUUUUGGCAUGAUGUCCAAAUAUGGUUUUUCGUGUAGUUGUAGACCACGAACAAAGAAACACAGGCAGUCUUAUCUGAACCCGUAUAGACGGUCCGGAUAUUUGUUUCAUUUUGAUUGCACAUAUUAGUUUUGCCUUUAAUUCAUCCCGGAACACUUUCAAAGCGUUCCUAACUUGAAUAUGCAUUAUCCCUAUGUUAGUUUUUGCCAUUCCCGGUUCA